CGCCCGUCCGCCAGCAUUUGCCGCCGGUAAUAAUUCUCCCGUUGAGCCAAGGAGCGUUCAUCUGAAAUACUGACGUUAAAAUUAACAAUGGCGUGGAAGGAAGAUCAUUAGGGAAGGAAGUGGUGGGACCGAGAGAAAGGGAUUAAGGAGCCUGCGCCCUGCAGUUGACUUGACUCACAGACUCAGCUGGGUUGAGCGUCAUGUAUCAGCUUCCUUUGCGAUAUCAAUGACCUGAAAGUAUAGGAUUGUGAUUGAUCCAAGUUGAAGUUUUGGCCAAAAGUUAAUGGCGAAAGUUUUAUGCGAUUUUCGGUUCCUUUUGUUGGUGGCAGCUGGGGUCUUCAUCUACAUCCAGAUGAGGCUUUUCGCUACACAGUCCGAAUAUGCUGAUCGCCUCGCUGCUGCUAUUGAAGCUGAAACCACUGUACCAGUCAAAUGAGAUCACUGAUUGAUCAAAUCAGCUUGCAACAGGGACGAAUUGUGGCCCUAGAAGAAGAAAAGAAUCUUCGAGACGAAGAAUGUGGACAGAUGAGAUCUCUUGUUCAAGAUCUUGAAAGAAAAGGCCUACAGAGGAUGAUUAACAAAGAACAGGUCCCAGUGGCAGCUGUUGUGAUCAUGGCAUGUAACCGUGCUGAUUAUCUAGAGAGGACUAUUAACUCUGUAUUCAAAUAUCAAAGAUCCGUUUCUUCAAAAUAUCCAUUAUUUAUAUCCCAGGAUGGAUCAGAUCCAAGUGUCAAGAGCAAGGCUUUGAGCUAUGAUCAAUUAACAUAUAUGCAGCACUUGGAUUUUGAACCAGUGCAAACUGAAAGGCCAGGGGAGCUAAUAGCUUAUUACAAGAUUGCACGUCACUACAAAUGGGCUCUGGAUCAGCUAUUCUAUAAGCAUAAUUUCAGCCGGGUAAUCAUCCUUGAAGAUGAUAUGGAAAUAGCAUCUGAUUUCUUUGAUUACUUUGAAGCUGCAUCAACUAUUCUUGACAAGGAUAGAUCCAUUAUGGCCGUUUCCUCGUGGAAUGACAAUGGGCAAAAACAGUUUGUGCACGAUCCUUAUGAACUUUAUCGCUCGGAUUUCUUUCCUGGAUUAGGAUGGAUGCUUACCAGAUAUAUAUGGGAUGAGCUAUCACCAAAAUGGCCGAAAGCUUAUUGGGAUGACUGGUUGAGAUUAAAAGAGAAUCGCAGAGGGCGACAAUUUAUUCGUCCAGAAGUAUGCAGAACAUAUAAUUUUGGUGAGCAUGGUUCGAGUCUGGGUCAAUUUUUUAAGCAGUACCUUGAGCCAAUAAAAUUGAAUGAUGUCCAGGUCGAUUGGAAGUCAAUGGACUUGAGCUAUUUGCUGGAGGACAAAUAUAUCAAGCACUUCUCAGACCUUGUUAGAAAAGCUAAGCCUGUCUAUGGAGCUGACCUAGUUCUAAAGGCAUAUAAUAUAGACGGUGACGUGCGUAUUAAGUAUAAAGAUCAGUCUGACUUUGAAAACAUUGCCCGCCAAUUUGGUAUCUUCCAAGAAUGGAAGGACGGUGUGCCCAGGACUGCCUAUAAGGGAAUAGUCGUUUUCAGAUAUCGAGGCCCAAGACGUAUAUUCCUUGUUGGUCCUGAAUCGUUGAAGGUACUUGGGAUAGAAGAUGCUUGAUGCUGGAUGAGGGUACAAUGCAUUUUUCCUGUUCAAUUUCCAACUUUGGCGUGAUGUAGGUAUCUGGGACGCCUUAUUUCCUUCCGCAUCGUAAUCCGGGUUGGAAACCUUGGUAUUGACUCGCCUGUUGCCUGAAUUUGGGGAAGCCAAACGGAAAACCGACACCAAAAAUACAUGAUUUUCAGAUAGAGAAUUGGAGAUGGCAAGGACGGUAGCGAGUUUAUCGUGUAGUUAUGAUGAUUGUAUAACAAGAUUCAUCAAAUUAUUUAAAAUGGAAUGAAAUGGAGUUCCAUCUAAAUUUGGAGGGAAUAAUCGUUUCAUCAUUCGAUGGAUUUGGCAUUUGCAAAUGGAAAAUGACUUCUGUGGUCGGGGAAAAAUGGUGACCAAAUAUAUUUAUUCAUUUUGGCUUGUCAUACUAAUUCUCCUUUAUUGACU